GGUUCUUUUUUUGUAAGAAAUACCUUAUAUUAUACAAGUAUCGCACGUAUUAGCGAUACUUUUUCGAUACUUUUAGCUAUCGAUGUGUGGAUAGCCAACCCUCUAAUACUUUGCUCGGGGUGAAUUCUCCACAUACCACGUAACUGUUGGAAUGAUGGUACCCUUCUUUUGGAUCAUCUAGCGAGCGAUGCGCCAAAUACAUCAGGCGUGGGGGGUACCACUGGCUUAGCAGCGUAAACUGCUACAUGUGUCUCUUAUUUGCAACUAUGCAAAAAAUCAGGGCUAUGGUGGGGAAAACGAUGGUUACCUUUGAGAUGUCUUCGCAGCAUCUCGUCAGUACAUUGGUGACAAUUCAGAAGGGCACAAAGGUGAUAUAAAAUUGAAGAGACUGGUGAUAGGAGAAACAACGGUAGGUGUAAAAAAAGUUCUUGUUCCCGCUUUCUACCAUUUUUAUUUUAUCUAACGUUUACCCUGUUUUCUAGGCUAAUUCGGGAAAAGAAAAAGAGAGUGCAGAAAAAAAGAAAAUAUUAAUAAAGUGGUAUGCAUAUCGGUGUUGAGCUUAUAUACAUUUUUUUUAUUAGAUUAAAAAAAGCGAUUUUGUAUCUGACAUCUUUGACAUUUAUUUCUAGACAUUACAAAAAAAGGACGAACCGCACCAGGUCCCUUCAGACUACAGCCGAGUGUCACCGCAGCUACGCUGCAAGGACGCAUAGCGCCACCAGACGUAAUCGUCAGCUAUAUAUUACGGAACCGAUUAUGGCACCAAUACGACCGGAUACAUCGCACGAGGGGGCAGAAGGACCAUUCGAGGGGCCACUGCUUGAUGGAAUACCGCCGCCCCUCAAUGCUUUCUUCGCCUCCUUUCAUGAAGGGCAAUGCUUGUUCGGGUGUUUAUACGUGCGGGGCGUGGAGGAGGAUCUAUGCUACGGGUGCAUGCGCGCGCAGACCGCCGAGCACAGGGCCCAGUACACAACGCAUGUAAUACACUACUUACAGAUUGACCCCGCAAUAGAUCUGCGCGUGGACAUCUGUGUACGCUGUGCUCGGUGUGUGAUGCACGCGUAUGCACCCGGCGACUGCAUAGUCUGCAUAGGCUACUUCUGUGAUAACAGGGAGGUGUUAUUAAGGCAGGGGGUUGCAGAAGUUCCUCCCCCGCCCCAGUUAUGAAAU